GUACUCCGCAAACGGCAAACGGCUAUGGGAGUCCGUAGCGAAAGGUUGUAUUGACGCGAUGUCUACAUAAUUCGAUAUUUAAGUACGGCGAAAUAUACCAAAUAAUUUAUAUUCUAGUGUAUCGUGUAGUGGCUAAUUUUAGUGUAGUUUCUGGAUAUCUUUCCGUUUGGUUUAUUGAGACUAAAUAUCAGACACUAACUACUGAGCAUAUAUAUUGUUAAAUAUUAAGGUGGGAAAUAAACACCAUGAUGGCUUGGAAGGUUAUCACAUUGACCUGUUGCCUCCUACUCUUGGCUGAAGCAAAGCCUAAUAUAAACGAAGUUGGUGAGAAUAAUGAAGUGAUAUCCAGUAUUUGCGAUCCUGUGUUUAAUACCUCCGGAGCUGUUCAAUGCUUUUGUGCCAAAGACGAUCAUAAUAUUGCACGAAGUGCUGAAUGUUAUCCGACUAUUGAAGAGAUAAGCCAAGAUGACCCAGCGUGGUCCAAGUUUGAUUCCUUAAAAGAUGCAGUUAGAAUUAGUUUAACUAAUACUAGAGGUAUAUCUUUCAAGAUAAUUCCAAAGAAUGCGUUAAAACAUGCGCAUAAUCUUUUAAGGCUUGAUGUUAAAUACGCUAACGUUAAAGUUAUAGAACCGUUUGCAUUCGCUAAUCUUAGUUUACUAGAAGAUAUCAAGCUGAGUGGUAACCAAAUAGAAAAAUUAAAACCCAAUGCUUUCUCGCAUCUCGCAACGUUGAAAACAAUCAGUUUGGAUACAAAUAAUAUAAUGGAAAUAAACAGAGAUGUGUUUGUCAGUCUGCCCACUUUAGAAAAAUUAUUUAUAACCAAUAAUAAAGUAACAAUUAUCCACGACAAAGCUUUUAUACAUCUGACGAAUCUUAAGGAACUAGAGAUCGAUCGAAACAAACUGUUCAGCUUGAACAGUGAAACGUUUUCUGGCCUUGGAAAAUUAAGAAAAUUAGACCUAAGUGGAAAUAGCUUGGAAGUUAUCGGCGAUAAUACAUUCAAGCCUUUAAUUCAUCUGAUAUCUUUGAAUUUAGAUGAAAAUAAAAUUCAAAUGCUCGAUUCCAAAGCAUUCCACGGAUUGGCCAAACUACAAUCACUAUCUUUGGCUCACAACGAACUUUCUGACAUUGAUAACGUGAAUGUAUUCCAAGGACUGACUUCAUUGACCGCUCUAAGUUUGAAAGGAAACAGAAUUGCGGAUUUACGUCAAGAAGUCAUGGCGCCAGUAAUCGACAAUUUUUAUCUAAACGUCGCUUCUUUGGAUGUUGAAGAUAACCUAUUCCCGUGCGACUGCCGUCUGGAAUGGCUCAUGGUGCUCAUGAACAAAACUGAAAGCGCAUCUUUAAAAUUAAAGUUAGAAAACUUCAAAUGCAUUCCCGACGCCAAGCUACGUGACCGGUGGACGAAACGAAUGGAAUUGGAAAAAAAUUCACAAACAUUCGACGGCGAAGAACCAUCCACACAAAGCCAAGACUACGAAUAUUACGAUGACGCUGAAUUGAAUGGAAAACUCUUUUAUACUGAUGUGAGAGACUUGUUGCAUUGCUAUUCACCUUCUAGCAAUCCAGUCGAUGACUCCCUUGAUAUGGCGAAAAAGUCUGAUAUAGCAACCGGUUUUUCACCUCUUGAUACUGAAGGCGACACCCCAAAUAAUCCAGGUUACUUUGAUGAAUCAAUUUUCAAGAAGAAUAAAACUAAAAAAUCAUUAGCGGCGCCUAAAACUAUUAGCAGUGAAGUGGCUAACCAAGAAAUUAAAGAUGAUAAACCAAAUACUACCACGACUAGACUGGCCACCGUAUCUGCAAAACCAAUUGAAAAACAUACAGAGGAAACAAAAGAAAUGGCAUCCGAUGAGGCUAAAUCUGAUAAUGCUAUUGCUCAUAGAAGUGUCCAAGAAAAGGGCGACGACUACAGCGAUUUCUUUACCAACGGACAAGACUCCACACUUGGUAGCUUUAAAGCGGUAGUGUUCAUUGUACUAAAUGUUAGAUUUCUGCUUAAUUAGGUUACCAUUUAGGGUGUAGACAAUAUUAACUUAUGACAUUAUAGUGUUAACUCAAUCUCUCACAGUCAUUAUUACAAUAAAUAAAUAGUUUUUAAGAUGU